GCGGAACCUUUCCAGUAAACACACAUUUUCUAAACGAGGCGCAGUCCGCCUCUCAUACUAUGAAAUCUGACUUUCGUGGCUGUGUCUGUUGAGCUCGAGGAAAAUAAUUAUACUAAAGUCUGUCUAGAUGACACGCUCGACGGAGUGGACAAGGCUCCUACGUGGAGGAAUGUCCUUUACUCUGCUUAUUUUGGGAAACAUGCUUUUGGCGACGGACAUUUCUGGUUCUGAAAAUGAGCCAAGCCAGAAUCUCCAAUGUGUCAACGACUAUGAGACGUUGAUGUUCUGCGAGUUAACACAAAAAGGCGAUCAAGACUGUAAUGAAUACAAAUUGACUCUCGUAGAAAGGAAGAAACAUUGUACUUUCAAGCGCAGUGAGCAUGCCAUCGGUAAUUGUAGCUGCUCCAUCGAAACGUUUUUUACUCUUGGGCAACAACACACAGCAACCCUCUGGACUGCUGAGAAACAGCUAGGGACUAAAACCUUCAGUGUCAACAGCACUAUUAAACCCAAAGCUCCAGCAAUCACCUCAGUGAAAAAGACAAAAAAUGGUAAUUUUGAAGUCACGUGGAAGAAAAAUUACAAUUCAUCCUUUGCUACAUCCUUAACUGCAGUGGUCACUUACCGAAAGAAAGGAGAAACACGCGAGACAGAGUCAAUACCUACCAGAUUGUCAACCUAUGAAAUCCUUGAGAGAGACCUGGAGCCAAACACAGAAUAUGUGGUCAGUGUUAGAAGCUACUAUUUACUUAAACAGCACAGUGACAGAAGCCAAGAAUGGGAAUUCAAAACCCCUGCUUCCUUUAAAAGCCUACUGAUGAAUAUCAUUAUUGGCCUUAGCGUUACCGCCAUCUUCAUUACCAGUGUUGUGUUUGUUUGUGGGGUUAGGCUCAAAGCAAAGUGGUGGGACAUUGUUGUCGAACACCCAAACAAAACUCUUAUAUAUGUGACUCCAGGUGAACAAAAGCUCUUACAGCCUUCGCAAACAGUCAUCUCCCCCAUCUAUGUCGAUCUCCCUAAAGAGGAUCCUAAUGAAGGCAAAGCAUGGUUAAAGUAUUGUCCAACGUCCUCUCUGGGUUAUGCUGACACGCUGUCUGUUGACAUCAUUGCCAACGUUCAAGACGCCCUCCACAAAGCCCUCCCCCAACUCCUGCUGAUAUCGUCACCAAACAAAAGUUUUGUGACAGAAUCAAACAGAGAUAACGAUCUGACCGACUACAAUCCUUGUUACCUGAGAGAUGACAACUCUGGGGGCUCUCCUGGAUUGUUUAGCUAUGACAACAGGACUUACAUUCCCAUUCCCAGUUGUGAGAACCAAAUUAUGAGUGGAAACUCGGAGACUCCAGCACCAACCGGAAUGACUUGUGGCCCCGCUUACCAUCCUGGUGAGGGUGUAAGUCUUAGAAACACCUGUCCAGAUCCACAGGUGCAGGUUUGUCGUGUUACAGGUCAGCAAGACCUUGAUUUAACACUUUUCGGUGUUUCAUCUAAUAUGCAAACAGACUUUUCUUACCAUGCAUGCGAUGCAGAUUCUGAGACCUUGCCCUCUAGCUUCUCUGUGUCUUCUGAUCAUGAUCCAAAUGUCAGUGAGGAAGUCGGAGGCACUACUGACACAGGAGACCUUAGAUAUGUAUGCUAAACAGACAAUAUCUGAUACAAACCCCUGUUAAGGCACUCUGCCUAUCACAUUAUGCAGCUUACCCCCAUCUGACGAUGACUAUCAAGCUUUUCAGUCUAGUGAAACAGCCAGACAUGUUGGCACCAAUGCAGAGUGGUAGUUGUAAAUGACCCAUAUUACUUUAUAUUAUAUUUGAUAUUAUUAAGACAAGUUAUUGAGAUUAUUAUAUGGUGCUUUGUUAAUUAGACUUAUAUGCUAUUGAAUUUGUUAUAGAGUGCCAUGUACCAGAUUUGAUUUUAUAGUGAAUUGUACUUUUAUUGUUUACAUACCUUUUAUUGUGAAAACAUUGAUAUGGUCUCCUCUAUAUGUUACUGUGCGUGCGCAAGUUGACGGCAGAAACGAGAAGGAAAGUUGAAAUGGCUUACGUUCGCAUGCCAUGAGAAAGCCAAGGACUGUUCGUGAAGAAUAUUGUUUAUCAUUUUUUAUUUAGCACCUAGCUGGAAGGCGAACAGGUAUGUGUGUAGCGUGACUGUAUAAUUUGAGUUCGUUAUGAGGUGUUAUUUUUAUGUCUUGUGUAACCGGAUUUAGAAGUUAGCUAAAUGAGCUAAUGCUAGCAGCGCUAUGCGCGUUGUUACGGCAGCUAGCUAUGGUGGAAACGUGGUCGCAUGUAUGAGUGUAUGAUUGUAUGUUUUAUUUUGCUUUCAGCUCUUAUGGUGUGUCUGUGGUGUUUCCUGUAAAUAAAUGGUAUAGGCCAGGAGCCAGGACCAGCCCUCA